UGGUGUUCUGACACAGCCCGAGAAAUGGAGGUGUGUGUAUGUGGAAACUGUAAUGUUGAUGCGGAGACAGAUUAGACUCAUAGAGAGGAAACGGGGUCAAUGGUGGAGAAAGGAGGACACCUUUAAGUCACACCGUCGCCCUCCUCCGCUGACUUCCAUGUCUCUCUCCGGGGUGGGUCUAACCCAAAUUAUCCGUCAUCCAACAAUGGGCUGUGGGAGAUCGGCUCAGCUCGGAGAAUCCUCUUGCAGCUGUUUAGGGAGCCGAGGGUAGGACCAAGACAUCGGACCGAGUCAAUGAGGGUGGCCUGUCCCGCUUUUGUGCUGCGUUUUCUCGGGCAGCCAGUCGCUCUCCGUGCGUAAAUGCAUUCGGGGAAUAUAAGAGUGUCCUCCGAUGUGCGCUUUAAAUGUUGAAACUGAGUCUUUGUCAGCCAUCGUGCAAGUGAAUCGAUUUCCUCACAGCCCCGCUGAACGGAUGGAGUGAACUGAGCAAAAAGAGAGAGAGUGACUGCAGCUCGGUUGCGUGUGAUGAUAGGAGACACAAUGACGCUCUUGUCUCUUCUGGGUCGGAUCAUGCGCUAUUUUCUCCUCAGGCCUGAGACAUUGUUUCUGUUGUGCAUCAGUCUGGCGCUGUGGAGUUAUUUCUUUCACACCGACGAGGUGAAAACCAUCGUCAAGUCGAGCCGGGAUGCCGUGAAGAUGGUGAAGGGGAAAGUGGCGGAGAUGAUGCAGAAUGACCGGCUUGGAGGCCUCAGUAUCCUGGAUGCAGAGUUCUCCAAAACCUGGGACUUCAAGAAUAAUAACGUGGCCGUGUACUCCAUACAGGGGAGGCGAGAUCACAUGGAGGACCGCUUUGAGGUGCUCACCGACAUCACCAACAAGAGCCACCCGUCCAUAUUCGGGAUAUUUGACGGUCAUGGUGGAGAGGCUGCAGCUGACUAUGUGAAGGCCCACCUGCCAGAAACCCUGAAGCAGCAGCUGCAGGCUUUUGAGAGAGAGAAGAGAGAGAGCGCUCUCUCUUAUGCCAGUAUCCUCGAGCAACGGAUCCUGACUGUGGAUCGUGAGAUGCUGGACAAGCUCUCUGCCAACCAUGAUGAAGCAGGUACGACAUGCCUUGUGGCGCUGCUGUCAGACAGAGAACUCACAGUGGCGAAUGUUGGAGAUUCCCGUGGUGUGUUGUGUGACAAAGAUGGGAACGCUGUCGCACUAUCACAUGACCACAAGCCGUAUCAGCUCAAAGAGCGGAAGAGGAUCAAGAGGGCAGGAGGUUUCAUUAGUUUUAAUGGAUCCUGGAGAGUCCAGGGAAUCCUGGCUAUGUCCCGCUCUCUAGGGGACUACCCGCUGAAAAACCUCAACGUAGUCAUCCCCGACCCCGACAUCAUGACCUUUGACCUGGACAAACUGCAGCCAGAGUUCAUGAUCCUGGCGUCUGAUGGCCUGUGGGAUGCUUUCAGCAACGAGGAGGCCGUCCGGUUUGUCCGCGAGCGUCUGGAUGAGCCUCACUUUGGUGCCAAGAGCAUCGUCCUCCAGUCUUUCUACCGCGGCUGCCCCGACAACAUCACCGUCAUGGUGGUGAAGUUCAAAAGUGGAGCCGGCGGGAGUAGCAAGGCGUGAGAGUAGGUCAUGGUCAAGCUUAGAGCUCACAUUAUUUUCUAUGAUUUCCCCAUCUUUGAGAUGGAGCAGCAAGUGUGAUAUCACAGGAGGACUAGUAUGAACAUUAAGAACUUUGACAUGAAAACACACACACACACACAUACAUACAAAAAUACUUCAAAUUAGCUUUUGUUUUAUUUGUAGGUUUUUGAUUGAGAUAAGGGCAUUCGAACACAACACAGAGCUCAAUGACGAAUACGUUAAAAUACUCAAUCAACACGACAUACACACACCAAAUGGGGGGGGGAUUUUCUCUUAACCAGCACACACUAGACUGUGACAGAUUUACUACUGUUUACUGUACAUGCACGUGAAUGGUACAGCUCCACUGGAGGCUUCUUCAUUGGAGGCUUCAACUAGUGCCUACUCAAGAAUUACUGUGCAACAGUACAGGAAGCUACUGAAAAUGUAUUUGCGAAAAGCUUCAUCCUGCUUGCUGCAUUUUGAUGACGCUCUCGAGUAUUGUAUAUGCAUCUGUUACAUUUUUGACCUGGAAAAUAUUGUUAAUUAUAAAAAAAAAGUUUUAAAAAAAGACUCCAGUGGAUCCAUACCUUUAUUUAACUUAAAGCAAUGCGACACCUAAACUCUACUUUUGAGUAUCAAGCAAUCAUUCCUCGUAGACUUGAGAGAUAGGCGUUAACCGUUUUUUAGUUUCAUUGUCGGGCUGCAGUCAGCUUCAAGUGCUGGUUAUGCUGCCUUUUUUAAAAGCAAGCAGUCUCCACUGGUGGAAGAAAAAGUUGGAUAGAUAUGGAGUUAAACAGCAGGAGCUCUGAUUGGCCAGCUGCUAUAUAUUGGCAGGACUCUGUCCAAUCACAACUCCUGCUACUGCUCUGACUACUGCACACAGCCCUUGAAUUAAAGUUUGAAAUAAAGCAAAUACAAAACAAAAACUAAAUGUUUAAACAGGAAAUUGGUGAAUGUGAAAAAGAUUUUAAAAUGCAAUUGCAAAAUAAUUGUUUAAAAGAUGAAAAAAGAGAAUUAGUAAUUGGCUUAUAUAAUUACAUUUUUAUAUUUUAUGAUCUGUCUCAAAAUGAAUGUAACCGUAACAAUUGAAAUACAUUAAGAAUUUAAGGAGGGUGGUCCCUCAGGCUAACCAGAGUUAUGAUAAAACGGUCUGAGAAGUUUCUAUGGAUACUUUCAUUUUUUGUCUGUAAAGAAUGGUCUCUCUUGUCUUUAAAGGCUGAAACUGCUAAAUUUUACAGCCACUUUUCAAGUGUGCAGAAGGUUAGUGAUACACAGGAGAUAGACUUUGGGUAGAGUAUUACUUUAACACACACCACAUACACACAUAACACACAAACAGUUGUAAAAAAAAAUAAUAAAAAAUUGCACUUUUCAGAUGUUUAUUUUUUGGAAUGGGAAAUUCAUACAUAUCAGCCAAUGUAAACUCUGUAUAUCCUCAGUAAUACAAGAGGGUUUUAAUGUAUGUAGAACCUGAUUAAGUUCCUAACCUUCACCUCUUGGUACUGCAAUUUUAUGGAGCUAAUGUAAAUCGUUCCGUCCAAGUUGUUUUACACCAUCUGUAUCAGGGCAUGUGCUUUGGCUUAUCCAUGUUCAUGAACAAAGUACAUGUAUUCAUGGACACACUGGUGGCUGCCUUUGACCUGGGAAGCACAUGAAACAGGAGGUGCAACAGAUUCGCACGCCUCUGCUGCCAUGAGAAACUAAAAGAUGACACAACAUGAACUGUACAGUCGCAGCCUGAAUGCAAGUAGCUAGUAAUAUGAUAUGCUCGUGAAGCAAUACAACUGGUGUCAUUGGCAGCAACAACAACCUGUUAAGGGAAGUUACAGUAAAACCAUACUUGAUUUACUACUGUUUUAUGUUCAACUACUUUUUACCACUGUGUUUCAUGAUCUCUGUAUCAGUGGACAGAAGCCUUUUUUUUUAUUUAACAGUUUACCCAAUGCCUUAUUUAUUGUUGAGUUUUUGGAUGUGUCUGGCGUAUUUGCCAAAUCAUAUUCUUUUCUUCUUCUUUUUUUUUUUUUGUCCUUCUGUGUAUGAGCAGAAGUUUCCAAUAAAUUAGAUACCCAUCACUUUGAUUUUGAUUCACAAAUGUUGAGCUGAUGCUCAGUGUAAAAAAACAACAAGAGUGUAAAAAAAUCUGUAUGUAAACUCAGUAUUAAAGAACUUUCUCUUUCAUCUUGAA